GAGAGUGAGUGUGGAGCUCUGUACUUCUAAACACAGUCGAAAUGAUGAUUGGGCCGAAUAUGAAAAAUGUCCUGGUGGUGUCCUUUGGAUUUGUAUGUCUUUUUACAGCAUACGGAGGCUUACAAAACUUGCAGAGUAGUCUGAAUGCUGAGCAGGGAAUGGGUGUUACCUGUCUGAGUGUGAUCUAUGCCGCCCUCAUCUUGUCCGCCAUGUUUGUGCCAUCCAUCCUCAUCAAGAACCUGGGCUGCAAGUGGACCAUGGUGGCCUCCAUGGGCUGCUAUGUCACCUACUCCUGUGGAAACCUCUAUCCAGGCUGGGCGACUCUGAUUCCCACCUCUGCUGUGCUGGGUGCGGCUGGCGGACCCUUGUGGUCGGCCAAGUGCACCUACCUGGCCAUGAGUGGCCACCUGCAGGCCCAGAGAGAGGGGAGGGGCAUCAGCCGAGCCCAGGACCUCCUUACACAGUACUUUGGCAUCUUCUUCGCCAUUUUCCAGUCGUCUGCCGUGUGGGGAAACCUCCUGUCCUCCCUAAUCUUCAGUCAAGACACACAUGUUGCUGAGAUUCCAGAAGAAAAGUUGCAGUACUGUGGAGUAGGCUUGUGUGCCGAUGAUUUCAUCCAAUCUGGGAACUAUACUCGGCCUGAGCAGAAACUAGUCUACACACUUAUGGGCUGUUAUAUCGGUGUGGGCCUUCUGGCUAUGGCUCUAGUGGCCGUGUUCCUGGACAACAUUGACAGAGAAGUGACCAAGGAGUUUAGAGGGAACAGAGAACCUUUCUGUAGCACGUUUCUGGCCACCAUCAGACUCAUGAGGGACAGGAAGCUCCUUCUGCUCAUCCCAAUGACAAUCUACAGUGGUCUCGAGCAGAGCUUCCUGUGGGGAGAGUUCACUAAGAACUAUGUCACCUGUGCUCUGGGGAUACACUACAUUGGCUUCACCAUGAUGUGCUUUGGUGCUUGCGAUUCCCUGUUCUCAUUCGUGUUUGGGAAAAUAGCACGCUUUACUGGAAGAAUCGCUCUGUUCUGCCUGGCUGCGUUGACCAACUUUGGCUGCACCAUGGGGCUGUUGUUCUGGAGGCCUCAUCCAGACCAUUUCGUUGUCUUUUUCUUGAUCCCUGGCCUCUGGGGCAUCGCUGAUGCUGUGUGGCAGACUCAGAUUAAUGCUCUGUAUGGAGUUCUCUUUCCUGACCACACGGAGGCAGCGUUCGCCAACUACCGGCUGUGGGAGUCCCUGGGAUUCCUGAUGGCAUUCGGCUACAGCCCCCACCUCUGCCUCUCCACCAAGACCUACCUGCUUCUCUCUGGCCUGGCUGCCUCUGUGCUCACCUACCCGCUGCUGGAGUACCUGGUGAGGGUGAGCCCAUCCGCCCCGGUCAAGAAUAGCAAGGGCGCAACACAAGAGAGAGAGAUGGAGGAGCCGCAGAGCAAGUUUCUACCAGAGGGGGCGCCACAGUCAUUGCAGGGUUGAACAGGAAGGUUUAGGGCCACUCUGAGGCCAGCCAGUCAUGCCUUGUUAGGCAAUCAUAACACCAAAUACUUUUCCCACUGUUUAAGAAUAUCUUUUAGACCAGUCAUUUUCUCAGAUUUUGGUCGUCUUUUUAUAGUCACAUGAAUAUUUCUAUAAAACAUAUGCUGAAGAGAUAUAUCCUCUCCCAUGUAUGUUCAAUUUGGUAAAAUGCCAGGUGUACUUUUGUGUUAUUUUCAUUAAUGUCUUAGUUAUUCAGUAGUAGUAUUCAGUGUUCUGUAGUUAUGUUGUGCUAUGCCAGAUUGUAAUAAGCAUUAAUGUUAAGACUAUACCAUCUCUGAAUAAAACAAGAUGUG